AUCCCACACUCCUUCCAACAUGCCGGGGGUUCCCUCGGGUCGCGGUUGCGAGGCGUGUCGCAAGCAGAAGAAGAAGUGCGACCAGGCUCAACCCUCCUGCGCUCGAUGCGCCCGUCUCAAUAUCCCCUGCGUCGGCGGGGGCGUCCGACGGUUUAAGUUCAUGGAUCAGGGGGUUGUCGUCAAGAUGGCAGUGAAUAGAAAGACGGAUCCCCAACCACAAACCCGAGCGCCCACGCCGCGAUUCCUCCCAUCCUCCGAGACAAACGCCAUCGCCAACGCCUUUGUCUGCAUGAUGGAGGUCACCGACGUUCGAUAUGACAUCUCCUGUUACGGUGGCUUUUUGAAACAAGUUCCAAGCCGGCUGGGAACCAGUCCAGUCCUCGAUGCGUCCGUCACGGCUCUCACCCACGCGUCGGCGGCGCUCUAUACCCGACAGGAUCAUGUGGAGGUUUUCCAAAAGUACGGACAUGGAUUGUCGGUCCUGCGCACCGCAUUGAGUAAUGCGCACGAAUCCCACUCGGCGGACACGCUGUGUGCCAUCUACUUUCUGAUGAUUGCCGAGGGCUGGAUCAUGAGGAAAUACGAUAUCUGCGCAGGACAUGUAAGUGGCAUGGCUUAUGUAUUGAAUAUUCUGGCUGCCAAAAAGGACCCCGACCCGUUCGAGCAAGACCUCCUCCGAACGCUGUGUCUCCCUGUACUUCUGGUGAGCAUCUUAGAUCCCACCGUCAAGCUUCCCACCAGCGUGAUGCGCCAAAUCACCGUCGCCGGUCCGCGUCGUCCCAUCCUCAACAACGAGAACGCCCCCAUCCGAAGCCUGCAGGUCACCACCUUCGCCAAAUAUCCGGACCUAGUCCACCACCCUGAGCUCCACUUCUCCGAUCUCGUGGCAACCUAUCAGCAGAUGCACUUGGAGUAUGCGAUACUGCGGCGCCGCCUCGACACCACCACGGUCGACAUCGCUGCGGAGGCCAACCGUGUCCCGAACCUGAAGACAAUGCGGCUUCAGGCCCUUUUCCAGGUCGGAUGCAGCUUGGUGCUCACACUGGCAAUCAUCUUGAAUCGGGUCUACCAUACGUGUGACCCGUUGGAGCCUGGCCUGGACGACGACUUGAAUCACUUCUGCCGGGAGAGCUUCACCCUGGCGGAGGCGGCCCUGCCCCAUCGUCCGCUGGGAUCGAGCCCAAUUCCUCUCAAUUUGACGAUUGCCUGGGCAGUGGUGCGUGACGCUCACCUGCGAGAACAGAUUGAAGGCAUGAUCGAGGUGUACGAAGCGAGCUAUAUCAAGACCCCGUGGAAGGCCUCGGCGUUUCUGCUGCAGCAACACUUAACGCAGUUGCGUCUUCGAAUGGCGUCUCUGCGGCAGUCGGAAGAUAUCUUUCGGACCGUAACAAACAGCUCUUUUGCGACGCCUUCCUGACGAGCAGCCUUUGCAUUGUUAGCGAAAUCUAUAGUCUCACUAGAGGUACGGGAUUGCUUACCUCGUCCUCCCCCAAAUACUCGGUCCCAACCCUGAUUUCCUCCCCGUCACCCUCGCACUCAAGCCGAACUUAUCGCCUCUGUCCCUGAUUUCCACCAGACGUGCUUCCGCUUGAGGGGCUGCUCCCAGGACUGCCACCACCAUUCGCGUUGGGGGUGCCCGCGUUCGAUCCGGACUGGCUCCCCGAAGUUGAACCAUUUGUCUGACCAUUUCCGUUGUUGGAAGAUUGUCCGACGACGGUCUGGGGAACGAGAAACGCUUGCAUUUUGUGUAUGGAAUAAUGUUGAUGGUACUGUUCGGGUUUUGCUGUUGAUUUGCAUUUGGGAUUCAUCCCGUCCCAGUCCAUAUUUAUAUGUAUCUGUUAGAUCACAUCUGCGAUCGAUCGCACAAUCUGGCAUCGAC